AAAGUGUCCCGUUUUAGGUGCUUUACUGUGUGAGAUUUCCACAGGAUACACUAUGUCUGCUUCUGUGCUUCAAGUGGCUACGUGUGCUGUAUUGCUCACAGGGGUUUGGGGGCUACCAUUUGCCUCUGAGGAAGAAGACAAUCAAUUUUUAAGACUCAAGAGACAAAUAACUUAUUUAGACUCUUGGGACCCAGCUAGCAGCCAGAAUACCUGGAGUUUGAACUUGGUGGAACAGGCCACUGAAGUGUGGACUUCACUGAGGACAACAGCACAGUACUACAUGGAUUUGGGAUCAUUUGCAUUUGAUACUGAUACCGCCAGGAACCACAUUAACUCUUAUACUGAUAUGGUACGGCAAUCGGGAGCACAACUUCAGCAACAGAAGCAAUGAUGUGGAUAUAAUCGAAAUGGAUAUCGGUCCUUGUGACUAAAGCCAUUACUUAUGUCAAGUUGACUCUAAAGUAGAACAUCAACACCUCAGACAAACCAUACUACCUAAUGCACAUUCAGCAUUCAUUGAGUCAAUGGAGAUGUCAUCAGCAAGACUGGGAUUAAAAUACCAAGAGCAGAAUCCACUGGGAUGAUGUUCAUCCCUCUCAGAAGAAUCAGAUUCAGCUCUCAUACACCUCCUGUUUGCCUCUGUACAGCUGCAGUCCUAGAGCUGCUUACCUGGGAGUAAGUCCUAUUGAACUCAAUAGACAUACUUCUGAGUAGACAUGUAACAGGACAGCUCUGUCAGUGGCACUUACCUUGAAUACAAAAAAUUCCCAAAUGAAUUGAAAGCACUCCCCCCAUGCUGAAUAUCUUAAUGACUUAGAAUUUCUUGCAAUGGAAUAGCGAAAUCCUGAUGCCUCAGAACUUUACUUCCAAUUCCUUUAACUCAUAGGGGAGUGGAGGUUGUUCAAAAGAUCUUCUUCACUUAUAACUUUAUUUGUAGCAUCUUUAACUCAGAUCACAAACCCUCCUCCAGAAUUGUUAGUUCACCUUUGUCAUCCUGAUGCCCUCCAAAUGUUUUGGACUAUAACUGCCAUCAGCCGCAACUAGCUCCAGCCAUCUGGAACGCAUCAGGUUGGCAAAAGAUGCAUUAGCUUCUAAUUUCCUCUGGCAAGAUGCUGUUUGAGAAAACUUUUGUCAAUCUGCCAUCCUCUAUUGUCUUUGCUUCCUGUAUUGACUGUUUUCCUCCAUGGGACAAAGCACUGCUUUUGAGUGUGUAUGGCAAUUUAGAUCUGGAAAAUUGCACAAACGAAGACUUCAACUUUCAUCUUCUCAGUAUUGCAGCCCUGUCUGAAUUCUCACCCUGUAGCUGCUUUUAAGAAGAUUAAUAAGAGUCUUAAUGACAUAAGACCAGCCUCCUGUGCCCCACAGGGGCCUAACUAGAUGCCUCUGGGAAGCCAAUAAACAAGAGUAUGAAAUCAAUAGACAUUCCCUGCUGUUGCUCCCCCACAACUAGUAUUCAGUGGUAUGCUGCCUCAAAACUUUGAUGUUGCAUACAACCACCAUGACUAAUAACCAUGGAAGGUCCUCUCCUCUAUGGAUCUGUCCAAUCUCCCUUUAAAGCCAUUGAUGCUUGUGGCCAUGACCACAUCAUGUGACUAUGAGGUCCUGCUUGUAGACUUCCCAUAGGCAUCUAGUUGGCCACCGUGAUGCUGGACUAGAUGGGCCUUUGGCUUGAUUCAGCAGAACUCUUCUUAUGCUCUUACAUGUUGUAAGAAGAAGUACUUCCUUUUCUCUGUCCUGACUCUCCCAGCUUCACUGGAUGACUCUGGGUUAUAGUAUAAUGAUAGAAGAAAAACUUUUGUCUAUCCAGUUUUUCCACACCAUGCAUAAUCUUAUAAAUCUCUGUUAGACCGCUCAUCAGUUAUCUCCCCCCCCCUUCUCCAAAUGAAGUGUGGAUCUCCUGACAUCUUAUUAGUUUAGUCCUGGAUAUUUAAGCCAGAAAAUGGCCACCUAGUAGUAAGCAGCAGGGUGGAUGAUCCAAACACAAGACUUCCCCACUGUAAUUUCACCUCAACAAAUGGUGUAGGCCAUUCCAGCUGUAACUAUGGAAGAUGCGAAAGACAUACUUUGUAUCACAACUGAAAUUAAAACUUUAGAUUAAAAGGAGUAAACUGAAAAUAUAUCUUCUCACAAUGGAAUACAAAAAAAAUCCCAGUUCUGCACACAUAUUAAACACAAUCAGUGGGGAUACAGUAACGUGAUUUAUUUCUGUUGAAAGCUACAUUAUGGAGAAGAGUAACAUUUAGGAAAUCAAGUAAUCUUGGAGAAAUGGCAGCGAUUUCUUAAGUCAUGGUGGGAGAUGUCCAGAGCAUGGAAAAGUUACUUUUUUGAACUACAACUCCCAUCAGCCCCAUCCAGUGCCCAUGCUGGCUGGGGCUGAUGGGGGUUGUAGUUCAAAAAAGUAACUUUUCCAAGCUCUGCCCUACACAAUUGUUUAAACUCACCCCAAUAGCAUGAUUGUAAGCGUGUUAAACCCAAAUUCCAACUGAUUGUAUCCAAGCCCUUUGAGCCCUAUUCAGAGUAGACCCAUUGAAAUUAAUGGGCAUGACUCAUUUAGAAGCAUUAUUUUCCAUGGGUCUGCUUUGAGUAAGACUAACGUUGGAUGCCACCUAUUGGAAUUAUUUAAUUGUUGUAAAAUUCACUCCAUGCUUAGAAUUGCAGCUGAAGCCUCAUAAUGUUAAGGUCUUAUGAUAGUCUUCUUGUAUUUUAAAGAGGGGCUGCUUAUUAUUUCUAUAUUUUUGUCAUCUCUAUCCUUCUAGCCCCACUCCUCCUUUCUUUCUUGGCUGUUUCUUUGCUUUCCUUCUUUAUUCACUGCCUCUAGCUUUCUUACCAAAUGCUCAUUCCUCCAGUCCUCAAACAUUUUCUCCCCACAGACUAUAUGGAAAUUGCUAAGGGGCGGCUCAAUGGACCACUAAUAACCUUUUUUGUUGUUCUACAAAUCAAAGCAAAUGCAUAAGUUGUAUUUUAAUUACUAUAAUUUUGCCUGUCCCUUCUAAUACAAUAGGUGUGUCUGUUUUUGUGAGCAAAGUUAUGUGAAGUCAGGUACAAUAUCUGCCAGCUUCAGCUUGGAGUCAGGUUCAGCAUUCACUCUGCUUCUGCAUUUGAAAGUGUGGUGGUUGUUCACCUUUCCACAGACCAUUUGAAUGGAAAGGACUUCCUUCAUACAGCACAUAGUGAAAGUUAGGAAUUAUUUCCCACAAGAGGUAGUGAUGACCAUCAACUUGGAUAGCUUUAAAAUUAGAUUGAACAAAUUCAUGAAGGAUAAGGCUACCAAUGGCUAUGUUCUACCUCAACUGUUGGAUGUAGUGUGGCUCUGAACACCAGUUGCUGGGAAUCACAAGUGGGAGCACGUCGUUGCACUCAGGUUCUGCUUGUGGGCUUCCCAUAGGCAUCUCGUUGUCCAUUGUGAGAAUGCUGGACUAGGUGAGCCUUUGACCUGAUCCAGCAGAGCUCUUACAUUCUUAAGUUGUGGACUCCAAACUGAGAACCUCUACUCCAAAGGGAGGUUAGUUUUACUUUUUAAGAACUCAGACUAUUAAACAAGAACAAAUUAUAAAA